UUCACUAAAACUAUUAAACAAAUAUAUCUCUCUCUCUAACGACAGCUUGGCGAAUCCUUAUCGAAUCAACAAGAAUGAAUUGAAAUUUAUAUAAUUUGCUGAGAACUUGUUAACCAACAUCGAUGUCUCCCUGGUUUUAUGCUCUAAAUGGUUUGCUUUUCCUCACUUUCUUCCUCAAAUUGUUCAAGAUUCUGACCAGAAGCAAACCUUCUCAAGAGAUAGGACAUUCUUGUCCUGUCUAUGAGGAGAUGGAUGAUCUAGCAUCCGGGGUGGAUACGAUCACCACUUUGCCUCAUAGCAUAAUCGAGAACAUUCUUAGUCGUUUGCCUCUGCGAGAGAUGGUGAGGACUAGCCUAUUAUCGAGGGAAUGGAAGGACAGAUGGCUCACCUGCCCAGACCUCGUGUUUGAUGUUCGCUUCGACCAGAUGUUCUUGAAAGGUCGCGAGCUCAACCCAAUUAUUCACCACGUUCUGAGGCAACAUCGAGGACCUCUUCUGAGAUUCGCAGUCCAAGUCCCUUCCCUCAGAAGUUGCCCUGAAAUCGAUGAAUGGCUUCACCUCCUCCCGAACCACACCCUCCAGGACUUAUUUCUCCGUGUCUCCAUCGGUGGGGAACAUAGGUUAACGACUCAUCUCUUCACUUUCCGACACCUGAGAAACUUGAGGCUCGAGAGCUGCCCGUUUCACCCUUCUCUCAGAUUUGAGGGAUUCAACAAACUCGUGACCCUCCACCUUCAGAACGUUGGUCUCGUGCCCGACAGGUUUGGGGAUUUCUUGGCGUCUUGCUCUGCAAUCCAAACACUGAUACUGUUCCACUGUACUUCCUUCAAUUGCCUUGAAAUCACCGGUCCCAGAUUGAAACUUCUCGAGUUUAACGGGAUAUUUAGUUCCAUUUCUUUCAAGUACUGCCCCCUUCUUAGAGACGUUAGAUUGGCUUUCUCGCCCGAGUCCAACGUGGAAAAUGACUUCUCGUCAAGCUUGGCAGAGUCCCUAAGCUGUCUCCCUGCACUCGAGGAGCUAGAACUGCAAGCAAACGCGUUGGAGGGCCUUUCUAGGAGUGGUGCAGCGCCCGAAAAACUGGCCGUCGCAUUAAAAUCACAGAAAAAUCUUCACCUCACCAAUAUGUAUUUCGAAAAGAUUGCAGAGACUGCAUCUGCAAUUUCUUUCAUCAGAAGCUGUCCCAUUUUACAGAAACUUAGAAUCACAGGUUAUACCUAUGAAGCGGUCGACUUUGUUGCUGGUUUUCUGCGAUCACAACAACCAAUCGAGUGUUUGGCUCAGCUUAAGUCCAUCAAGAUGCAGCUCUUCUGUGGGAACGAGUCCGAAAUGGAGUUCCUCAAAUAUAUGUUAUCCUCUGUAGCUGCACUCGAGGAAGUAGUAAUCACUCCUCACCCAGGUUGCAUCACAGACGGGGGAGAGGCAAUCUUGAACGAAAUUAAACAGUACCCUCGAGCAUCCUCAAGGGCCGAAUUCAUCAACUUAGACGGAAACACCCGAGUACUGAGUGUCGAACAGACAAUCCCUUGUCUGCAUUCUUGUGAUGUGCAUUGUCUGCAUUCUUGUGAUGUGCUUUAUAGGUGGUGAUGUGAAACCACAUUGCAUAGAACAUCUUGAACAUCAAUCGUGGAUCUGAGACACAGGCAGAUGUGUUGGAGUCGCGCGAGCCAGGCGGUAAGAGAGACGCCUGAGAAUGAUUCAAGAGAGGGGCAAAGACUAGAGAAAGAAAAUAAGGAGCAAAGAACGAAGUUCGGAA